UAUGGGGAUCUAAAUUAAUCCUGGGGUACACCGACGGGGGGGACGGGACCACAACAAAAAGGGUCCGGUAUCUUUGAUUUUUGUGCAUCUUCUUGUCCUCCGUCUCCUUUACCUCCGCUGUUGCUGCUGCCAGGCUUGAAGGGACCAUGAGACAGCUCCAGCCAUGGCGCGCUCUGAUGCUGCUCGCGGCGCUGUGUCCAGUGGGACUGUCCGAGAAAUACGGUUGCCUUUUUGAGAGAAAACUGUGCUCAAGGGAACAGUUCUGCUCAGAUGAUGGUCUGUUUGGCCAGUGUCGAACCUCAAAGCAGGACCUGGUUCAGUACCAGGUGUCGGUCCCUGUUUUGAAAAGGAUGCAGGAGGUUCUCAAGCAGCUCAUGCAACAAGGUUUGUCUUGGCAGGAUGACAUCACACAAUAUAUUUUAUCCAAAGAACUGAAGAGAGUUCCUCACACAACACAAGCAGCAAAACCAAAUUCAUCCUCCUCCCAGCCAUCAUACCCCCAAUCCAAACACCAGAAUUCUCAUCACCACAAGUCCAGUUCAUCUCCUCCUGGUGGAAACUAUGUGGACUACAUGAUUGUGGAGCCCCCUGAGUCUCAUCUGAGGAUGCAAGCAGCUUCAGUCGAUCCAUAUUCAUACCACCAGCACAGAUACCAGGACGAGGUGGAGAGGUCUCUAAUUGGCCAAGGAGGUGGAUAUGUCCGCCCUUCAUCCCAUGCACAGGCGAAUCGUGAGAGAGAACGGGAUAGGCAGAUGCUGCAGGAAGCUCUGUCUCUCUACCUAGCAUCCGGGCAACCUUCAUACAGGCACAGAGGACCUGCCCCCAUGAGCCCAGGAGCAGGUCUCUAUUAUGAGGACUUGGAGUUGGAGUUACCAGUUGACUAUGUAGAGGAUUAUACCACUGAGGAGAGACUUGGGACUGGCAGACAACCCGCAGUGCAAAGCAAGAAGGCUCCUCAGGAUUUCAGCUCUAUGCAUGAAAACAAUGAUGGUUUGCUUCAGAGGAUGUCAGUAGUCUUGCAGCGUUAUGGAGUCGAUCCCAGGGAGCUCAGUCAAGAAAAGCUCUACAGACUGGCCCUUAUACUGCAGCUGUUACAGGCACAGGAAAAACCAGCUCCCAGUCCUUUAGAGAAAGACCUCUUAUCUCUCAAAGAGGCACUAAAAACAGACAGUGCCCCAGGUAAAGCUGAAAAGCCUGGUCUUGUCCCUGCCCCCCCAAAUGCCUCUCCACCUGCCACCUCUCCUGUCUCUGCUCCUGCCACUGCUCCAGCAAAAACAUCAGGACCUCCCCACCCAGCCUCUCCACCGAACCUCUCUGAAACUGGACCAAAACCUCUACUGGUGGAAGGCACAGGAGCCAAAGAAGAGUACGGGUACAUUGUUACCAACCAGAGAACACUGGAUUUGUACGAUGGAGUGAAGUUAUUGGAUCUACUAGCCAAUAAAAUUCACCUGGCCACUAGCAGCUUCAUCAACAUCAGUGUGGUGGGUCCUGCUUUGACAUUUCGCAUCAGGCAGAAUGAACUCAACAUGACAGCUGCAGAGGUGGCAGCUAAAGCAGUAGCAGAGAAGAGUUUCCUGGAGACAGAGACUGGCCUGAAGAUUGUCCAGACUGGAGUGGGCGAGAGGACAGAUGCACGGGGUCUCCCACAGGUGACCAGGGUUUCCCAGGGCUCCAGUGGGACAGUCAUUACUUUAGUUUCCAUGGCAAUCGUUGGAGGGGUGCUUGUGCUGGCCAUGGCCAUGGCCUGUUUCCGGCAUUACGCUCAGCAGGUAGCCAAUGGGAAGCUCGGACUUGGACCAGAGGCAGGAGCAGAGACACAUUUUGACUAUCAGGAGCUAUGUCGGCAGCACAUGGCCUCUAAGUCGUCCCUGUGCCGUCAGGACUGUGUGGGCGGAGUCAGCAGUGGGACAGGAGCACCCAUUGGGACCGGAGCGGGGGGACGGAGGGGCACAGACACAUCCAGAGUCAGCAGUGUCUCCUCUCAGUUCAGUGACGGGCCACAGCACAGCCCCUCUUCCACACAUAGCUCCACCCCCUCAUGGAGCGAAGAGCCAGCCCAAUCAAACAUGGACAUCUCCACUGGACACAUGAUACUGGCGUACAUGGAGGACCACCUGCGAAAUAAAGACCGUCUUCAGAAGGAGUGGGAGGCGCUGUGCUCUUAUCAGGCCGAGCCCAGUUCAGUCGCUGUGGGCCAGCAAGAAAUCAACAAGGACAAAAACAGAUAUGCAGUGUCCCUCCCCUACGACCACACUCGAGUGAAGCUGAAGACAGAGAUGAACCCCAGUAAACAAGACUACAUCAACGCCAGCAUCAUUUUUGACCACGACCCCCGGCAGCCGUCUUACAUCGCCACCCAGGGCCCUCUACCUCAUACUGUGACUGAUUUCUGGCAGAUGGUGUGGGAGAGCGGCUGCACGGUGAUAGUGAUGAUGACAGCACUGGUAGAGGAUGGAGAGAAACAGUGCGAGCGCUACUGGCCUGACGAGGGAUCAUCACUGUAUCACAUCUACGAGGUAAACUUGGUGUCUGAGCACAUCUGGUGUAAGGACUUCCUGGUGCGAAGUUUCUACCUGAAAAAUGUCCAGACCCAGGAAACCAGAACCCUGACCCAGUUCCAUCUUCUGAGCUGGCCCGCUGACGGCAUCCCGACCUCCACACGCCCCCUGCUGGACUUCCGCAGGAAGGUAAAUAAAUGCUACAGAGGACGAUCCUGCCCAAUCAUCGUUCACUGCAAUGAUGGCACUGGAAGAACUGGCACAUACAUUCUGAUCGACAUGGUGUUGAACCGCAUGGCCAAGGGAGUAAAGGAGAUUGACAUUGCAGCUGCUCUGGAGCACAUCAGGGACCAGAGACCAGGUCUAGUCCGUACAAAAGAUCAAUUUGAGUUUGCUCUGACUGCUGUAGCUGAAGAGGUGAAUGCCAUUUUGAAAGCCCUGCCACAGUAAGGCAACAGCAGCAGUGAUAUGGGACACUGUGGACUUCAGACAGGCAUGCUCCAAAUAUCCAUAAGGACAAACAUUGUACCAACCUGCCAUGUGUGUCGGACCAUUCCUGUAAAUAAGACUGCCACUUCUGUACCACUCUUGCUUUUGGCAUGCUGUCUCUAAAUUUAUUUUGAAUCAUAUUUUGAUAAAAAUUAUUAUAAUGAAAAGCUGGAAUGUAAAAUGCAGGUAAAUAUAUUAGAUUAUAUCACAGAUUUACUCUAUUUCAAAAAUCGAAUUGGACAUACUGUCUGACCAAAUAUCCAAACACUGUGGCUAUGACUAUGAUGGUGAGUAUGCAAUAGAAUGCAUAUAUGACAGGAGACCAAUCUCAGAAACCAGUUAAACUCAUAUCAUCAGCUUUUUUGACAUCUGUCUAUUUCCUGGAAGCUUGAUUACUCUAUAGCAGAACUGACUGGGUUAAUUCCUGACAAUAUUCACUGUUUUUGGCUAAUCAAUGAUGUCAAUAUGUGUGUUUACAUGGUUAAAUAUGACUUUAUCUGUUUAUUUAAUUUACUAUCAAUGCAGCACAUAACCAGAUUCAAAUUGUCUUCACUUUAUUGAUUUCACAAUAUAGUUUGAUUGUUUUGUCGUGAGUAUGAACACCAUGGUGAUUUGACGUAAAUAAUUCACUGCAAUGAUUGUUUUUCAUGUAGCAGACAGAUAGAAAAUGACUAUAAAAAUGUAUUUUUGACUUGACCUAAAUAAAAUUGUGAUGUG